CUAACAUUCGCAACUCCGUUCCGUUGGUCCCAUUGUCCCCUCCCUGAUCGUACAAGCCCAGCGGCGUGGUGAGCCUUCCCCACGUUCCCUAGCUACGGCAGAACGGCAAUCCCGAGUUGUAGGUCGGUGCUCAUGCUUCCGUAAUGUGCGUAACGGAAGUUUUAAUAUCAGUUGUAGUCUCCUUUUGGCCUUUCGGACGGUCCCCUUGAAUGUCGGCGAGCCGUGGCUCACGAGAUUCUUCAAUGUUGUCUGUGCCGCUACCUGCCGCUAAGAUCUAGCACCCUGACUGCUUGCAUUCUUACACACGACUUUUGCGGCGCCUUCCUCGAUUCUGACCGCCUUCCUCGAUUCUGACCGCCUUCCUCGAUUCUGACCGCCUUCCCCGAUUCUGACCGCCUUCCCCGAUUCUGACACGUCAUAAGGCGCCUCAAGAUACGUCUUCGCCGCAGCAGACGUAGAUAGAAAUCCUGCGAGAAGCGAAGAAACGAAGCAAGCAUACGGGGAAGCAGUUAGCGGUUGCCGGAGACAAGGGGACUGUCGAAAGGAAGGGUGCUCCGAGAAAGGGAGCGGGGAAAGACAGACGCGUUAUCCUCCUUCCCUGCUUCACCCAUGGCUGCACCCGUGGCGCGUCCUCUCUCGCUGCGGUUCCCUCCAGAAGCCAGCCUCCGGGAAGAGAUCGCCCAGGCGCGUCACUUGAAGCCGUUUCGCAGACGCCCGAAUCCAAAUCUUCCAGACAUCGCGCCGCCUGUUCUGCACGUAGCAUCCGCGUCGCAGUCCGCGUCGCUAGCCGCAUCGUCGCUGUCCUCGCUCUCUUCGGCCUCACCGCUUGGGAAAGCCGGCGACCGGCUGAGCGUCCAUCAGGACGGCCGGCGCGACGGCGCAAGCAGCCAACAUACGACCUUCCGCGACGUAAAAACGAACGGCGGUGGUGUCAGCAGCUGCGGCGGCGGUAGUGGCGGCGGGUAUGCGGCUGCCGCUGGUAAGAGCAGGAAGGCCGGAAGGAGAAAAGGCGGCGGCCUUGCGGUUGGCGAAGGGUCUUUAUUGUCGCGGGCUUCGUUUCGUGACAGACGGCGAAGCGCUGCUGGCAGCAGCGCGGGUGGCGCCGUGACGAGCGGCGGCCAUGGCGACAAUGAUGCGAGCAGGGCGGAGAGCGGCGGCAGCAGCAGCAGCUGCAGCUCCAGCGAUGACUGCACCUGCGCCUCCGCCGUCGCGUCCACUGCGACCGCCGAGGCAGCCGCCGCCGUCGCCGCCGAUGGUAACCAUGGUGAUGAUAAUGGUUUUAAUGUCGCUUUGGACGACGAGCCCUCGGUGCUGUCGUUUGAGACGGAUUUCGUGACGUCCCAAACGCUGGUCCAACUGACGGACAGCAUUUCUCAUGAGAUCAACAGCAUCGAAUCCGAGAAACUGGGUAAUGUCUCCCAGCAUCUUGGCGACGAAUCAGUCAACGUUCCAGUCAACGUUCCAGUCAACGUUUCAGGUAACGUUUCAGACGAGGUGGAGACUUCAGACGAGGUACUAGACGUGUUGCACGAUCCGUGGCGGGUGGAGGGACUCGAUCUGCAAGGCCCCAGUUCCGCCGUCGUAAGGCGGACCCGAGUCUGCCCCAUUCAGCGCACGCGCGCCGCGGCGAGAGCGGGGGCGGAGGAUGCGGCGGGAGAUGCGGAGCGAAUAGGCUCCGCGGACGAGCCGGUAGUGGGGGGGAGAAGAAGCCGGAGGAGAGGCAAGGGGAGGAGGACGACGGGGGACGGCAGGGCGAAUGGAGGGGUGAGGGGAGGCGGCGAGAGGGAGAGGCAGUGGGCGGGUGCCGUGAGCAAGGCGAGGGACGGAAGGGCCGUGGCAGGUGCCGUGACGAGCGGCGGAGGUGGGGAAUCGGGAUUGGCUCAUGCUGUGAACGCUGCUGGCAUUGCUAGCUCUGCUAGCAGCACUGCUGGAACUGCUGGCACUAGUCUUGCCGCUGCUGCUGCUGCUUCUCCUGACGCCUCUAGUUCGGUUGACUGCGCUGCUGCGCGGAUCGCCCCCGGCACUGGGUUCGCGGCCAGGGGGGCGAGUCGAGGGGCGCGGGGGGGAGUGGCGGCGAGUAGAGGCGCGGGAAGAGGCGGCGCACGGGGAGAGGCGGAGGAAGGUGCGGACUACCCGGUCAAGCCCAGCAGUCCGCAGUUAUCAGAGGGCGAGGUGAAUGUCCAGCCAGGCUCGCAGGCAGGUGCCCUGAUAGGUGAUGGGCAUUAUGCCCAGGGAGGCAUGCAGGGCUCGCAGGAGAAACAGGAGGAGGAGGAGGGGGAGGAAGAGGGGGAGGAGGGGGAGGAGGGUGUAGGAGCAAGCAGCGGUGGGGCAGAUCCUCGUGUGGGGCAAGCAGCAGCAGCGCAGCGGACGACGGGCACACACACGCAGACACGUCAAGUGGACUCACUGGCAAAAGCCGCGUUGGAUGACGGCGCCGUGGUGCCUUUGACGGAUGCUGCUGCAGCUCCUGAAGCAGCAGCAGCAGCACCCGCAGCAGCAGCCACAGGGUUGGCAAUGGCAGGAGGAGGCAUGGCAGGAGUGAGCAAGCCAGGGGAAGCUACGGCAGGGGGAGGUAUGCCAGGGGGAGGUGUGGCAGGGGGAGGUAUUGCCUGGGGAGGUGUGCCUGGGGAAGGCAUGGCAGAAGAAGGUGUGGCGGGGGACGGCAUGGCAGGAGGAGGGGCUGCGGGCGUGGGGUCGGUGUGUGCGGGGCGGGUGGUGAAGGGCAAGGGGCCGGGGCAGUACCUGUUCCGCGCGGAGGACGGCGAGGGCUUCACCAGCGUGGAUGUGGGCGCUAACGGCAUGUCCGUCGUGUGUAAUGCCAGAGGCUGCCGUCCCGUGCGGGUAGAUGAAAGCUUUGUGGACCGCCACGGGCUGCCCCAGAGCCUUUCGCAGCUGCCCAACGGCGCGGGCAGGCUCGCGGAUGGGGGGGCUCUGGCGGAGAUGGUGGGGGAAGGCGCGGUGCUGGGAAUGGGCGGAGGCGGGGUUGAGCUACUGGGGGGGGUUGCCGGGGGAGGUGUUGGGGGAGAGGGGGAGCUGCUAGGCGGAGCGGCGGGUCCCAGGGCGGGUAUGGGAGGGGGGGAAGAUGGGGCUUGGGACAGUGGACCGGUUGGGAGGGGUGGAAAUGGGUCGGCGAUGGUGGAAGAGGGGAGGGAGGGGAGGGAGGGGAUGGUGGAAGUGGAGAGAAAGGAGGAUGGGAAUGAGGCAGGUUCUUGGUGGAGAGACGAACGUGGAAGCACGGCGAUGGGCGGGAGGGACGCGAGAGAGGCGAGGGACGCGAGGGAGGGGAGGGAGGGAAGGGCGGGGACGGGUGGAAGGGACGAGAGGGAGGGGAGGGCCGGGAGGGCCGGGAGGGAAGAGAUACGCGGUGCAGAAUCUGCCGCUGCGGGUUAUGGUGCUGGUACAGGCAAAGAGGGCAGAAGAGGAGGGGAGAGCGGGAGAGUGGGGAAAGAGGGACGGGGAGAGGAGGGUGCGGUGAUGCGAGGUGGGGCGAUGAUGGAGGGGCCGGCAGUGGGGAGAGCAGCAGCGGCGAGUGUGGAGGGGGAGGAUGAGCAGUAUAUGCGGGCCGUGCACAGUGACCCUACGAACGCGCUGCUGCUGUGCGACUAUGCGCGCUUCCUCUGUGAGAUCCGGGACUAUCCUCGGGCAGACGAAAUGUUCCGGCGGGCAGUUGCAGCCAGCCAAGCAGAGGGCCGGGCUCGUGUGAAAGGGCGGGCAACGGGAGUGGAACGGAGUAGAAAUAGCACAGGAAGCAGCGCGGGAGUGAAAGGAGUGCAGGGAGGAGUGAUUGGGGUGCAGGGCAUAACGGGGGUGGAGGAGGGGGAGGUGCUGGUGCUGUGGGCCAAAGCAGUGUGGGAGGGGUGGCGCGACGGCGAGCGAGCGCUGGCGCUCUUUGACCACGCAGUUGAGGUGGCCCCUGACGACUGCUACGUGCUGGCAGCAUAUGCAUCCUUCCUCUGGUCGGUGGAAAGUGCCUCUCCUGCCAGCUCCACAGGCACCAGCAGCAGCAGCAGCAGCACCAGCAGCCGCACCAGCAGCAGCAGCAGCAGCACCAGCAGCACCAGCAGUGCCAGUGCCAGUGCUGCACCUGCUGUCGCCCUGUGCCUGAGCCCGGGGCAGGGGCAGAAGCACCCUUCCAUGAGGCGUGCUGUUCGUGCACAUGGCACUGCCAGCAACGGCAGCAACACCAGCGAUGCCAGUGCUUCCAGUGUUUCUACGCCGGCGACUGGCCCUGCUGGGAUAUUCAGCAACAACCGUGGCAGAAGCGGUGGCAACAGCGGUGGUGGCAGUGAGAGCAGUGGUGGUGGGAGUGGUGGGAGUGGGGAUAAGUGAGUGCAGCAGCGAAGGCCACAUGAGCGCUAGUGGAUGGUGGAACUGUGUGAAUAGCGGGUGCGAGCAGGGCUGGUAAUUGUGGUGGCAACUCCUUAACAGUUGUGAUUUGUGCAUUGGUGGCUUUCUAAUGACACCAGCAGCAGCAGCAGCAGCAGUUGCAGCUGCAGCUGCAGGGAUGGUGCUUGGUUGGGGCUGUUGGGGCUGUUGGGGCUGUUGGGGCUGUUGGGGCUGUUGGGGCUGUUGCUGCUGAUGGCACACAUGCCGUAGACGACGUGAGUCUCGCAACAUGAUGGCAACAAUACGGUAGAGCAGUGACGCUUCAACGUUGUCAGCAGCAGCAGUGAAGCAGUGUUUCUGGGAGCAAUUCGCACCCACUUUACCAGGCCGUGCUCCUUCCUGCCCAUCGCGUCAGCAAUGCGAGACUGGGUUUGUAGGUCUGUGGGUUUGUUCCCUUCUGGCUCAUCUGGCUCAUCUAGCUCAUCUGGCUCAUCUGGCUCAUCUGGUUCAUCUGGCUCAUCUGGCUCAUCUGGCUCAUGUGGCUCAUCUGGCUCAUCUGGCUCAUGCGGCUCUUGAGGCUCAUCUGGCUCAUGCGGCUCUUGAGGCUCAUCUGGCUCGUGGAGUGGAUGGAGAUUUGAGGUCCACUGCACCUCAAAACUAUACUUCUUUCUUGCUCUUGUGGGGUGGAGUGGACCCAAUACAUACAGGCCCGAUUCGGCUGAGACUGAUGCAGCUGCCUCACGCGGGCCACUCAUGGCAGCUUCCGUCCUCUGCAGCACCUUGGCAGCAUGGCAUGGCAUGGCAUUUACUGUAUACAGGAAUCAUGCUGUGUGAUGGAGAUGGCAAUGGCAGAGCUGAUUGCGAUUGCGAUUGCGAUUGCGAUUGCGAUUGCGAUGGUGACUGGCCAUCAUGCUGUGCGGCCAUGGUGAUGCUGAUGGUGGUGGUGGUGACGACCAUCCCCCCCGCGUGUCACCGGAAUCAUGGUUGAAGAAGCCAUUGCAGCUUGCGUUCCUUCGCCCCAAGAGUCAAGACCGUCCCGCUGGCUGCAGUGUUAGGGCUUUGCAAGCCCCCCACAGUGCUGCCCCGUUGGCGGUUGCAGUCCAGUUGGCGGUUGCAGUCCAGUUGGGCGGUUGCAGUCUAGUUGACGGUUGCAGCCCCAUUGGUGUGUUGCUCGUUCGCUUGCCCAGCAAGCCACCAGCGUUCACAGCACUCCGUUUCAUGGUGCUGCUUGCAAACCCGGUCCCUCCGUCAUCAAGGCACUGAUUGGUGCUGCUGGUACUGCUGGUGUGCUGGUGCUGGUGCCGCUAGUGUUUCGGUGUAUUCCUCCUAGCUACCACAGAAACCUGCCUCUCCAUCGAAGUGCCCCAGCCCAGCAUAAAGACAUGUCGCUGCUGCUGCUGCUGCUGGUGCUGCUGCUGGGCCCAGUUUAUCUGCCUGCCAUUGGUUUUCUAUUUAUUAUUCUCAAGCACACUGCAGCGCGCGCCUUUCUGGCCGAUUGAUUGCUUGAUUGCUCGCUCUCUUGAUUGCUCAAUUGUGAAAGCUUGCUUG